AUCCCGGACCCCGCAUCCCGCAUCCCGCAUCCAGCAUCCCGCAUCCCGGAUCCCACACCCGGGCGGGCUGGAGGCUCCGCAUCCCGCACCUGGGCAGCACCGACAGCCGUCCUGCCCCGCCAGGAUGAGCGGCCCCGCCGGGGGAGCCGCGCCGGGCGCCGCGGGGCUCUGCCCCGGCCAUGGAUGAGGUCUCUUCUAUGGACACUGAACUCUCAGCUGCCUGUGCCUGUUGCCUGUGAUGGAAGAACUUGAUGUGAAUGUGAGUUCCAGUGAGGGCUUUGGCGUCGCGGGGAAGAUCGUGCUGCUCUCCUUCGUCUCCGCCGUCAUCCUGAUGGCCAUCCUGGGCAACCUGCUGGUCAUGGUGGCCGUGUGCCGGGACAGGCAGCUCAGGAAAAUCAAGACCAACUAUUUCAUUGUUUCCCUGGCCUUUGCUGACCUGCUGGUGUCGGUGCUGGUGAUGCCCUUUGGAGCCAUCGAGCUGGUUCAGGAUAACUGGAUCUAUGGAGAGAUGUUCUGCCUGGUGAGGACAUCCCUGGAUGUGCUGCUCACCACAGCGUCCAUCCUGCACCUCUGCUGCAUCUCCCUGGACAGGUACUAUGCCAUCUGCUGCCAGCCCCUGGUGUACAGGAACAAGAUGACCCCGCUGCGCAUCGCGGUGAUGCUGGGAGGCUGCUGGGUCAUCCCAACCUUUAUUUCCUUCCUCCCUAUCAUGCAAGGCUGGAAUAGCAUUGGCAUCAUUGACCUGAUCCAGCAAAGACAGUUCAACAAGGCCUCCAACUCCACCUACUGCAUCUUCAUGGUGAACAAGCCCUACGCCAUCACCUGCUCCGUGGUGGCCUUCUACAUCCCCUUCCUGCUGAUGGUGCUGGCCUACCACCGCAUCUACGUGACGGCGCGGGCGCACGCGCGGCAGAUCCGGCUGCUGCAGCGCGCGGGGAACCCGGCUGAGCCACGGCAGCACCCCCAGCCCCCUGACCAGCACAGCACCCACCGCAUGAAAACCGAGACCAAAGCUGCCAAGACCCUGUGCAUCAUCAUGGGCUGCUUCUGCCUCUGCUGGGCCCCGUUCUUCAUCACCAACAUCGUGGAUCCCUUCAUAAACUACACAGUGCCCGGCAAGCUGUGGACGGCCUUCCUGUGGCUGGGCUACAUCAACUCGGGCUUGAACCCUUUCCUCUACGCCUUCCUCAACAAGGCUUUCAGACGUGCCUUCCUCAUCAUCCUGUGCUGCGGCGACGAGCGCUACCGAAGGCCUUCCAUCCUGGGCCAGACCGUGCCCUGCUCCACCACCACCAUCAACGGCUCCACGCACGUGCUGAGGUACAAGGUGUUACACAACGGGCACCACCAGGAGCACGAGAAGCUUCCCAUCCACACCGACCCCGAGUCCCAAGAGUCCUGUUUCUAGUCCUGGGCCCAGAAGAGGAAGAGCAGAGACCUUUUAGGAUAUCCCAAGGAUUCACAGACAGCAGGACAUGAAAAUCCAUCCAUCUGCAUUGUCUUGGUGCCUCCUGCAGCGAAUUCCCAGGAAUGUGCAGCUGUGGGAGCUGGCUGGGAGCACGGGGAGGCUCAGACCUGCUGUCCCUGGCUGUGC